AUGAAAGGUCGCUGGAAACGUCUUAACGAAAAUGGAAACAAAUGGGUUGCUGCUUGCAGGGAAGCAAAUGCUCGAAGAAGGAGUGGCAUGAGCGACAACGAUGUUGAGAAAGAAGCUCAUUCCAUUUACGAAGCAGGUGGAAAUAAGUUUCUAGAUUUGGAAAGUGGUGGCAGUUCGAAAAGAUCAAAGACUUCGGAAGAUGGGGGAUUUUCUAUCCCUUCUAAUCUAGAAACUCCAACAUCUGAACAGUCAACUGCGACUCGUCCCAUUGGAAGAGAUAAGGCAAAAAGGAAAGGAAAAGGUAAGGUCUCACAAUCUGAAUCUACUCAUGAAUCUGCUGUUGCUGCAGAACUUCAUGCAAUGAGACUCAUUAGAGAUGCCGAAGCUGAGUUAAUAAAGACUCGAAUCGAACUGGAGCGCGAGAAGUUGCAAAGAAACGCAAUGAAGAUGAAAGAAAAAAUGUUGCUUCAAUUGUUGGCGAAAGAUCACUUAUCUCCAGAAGACGAAGAGAUGAAACGUCAACUAACUAAAAUUGUGUUUGGAGAGUGA